GAGUACAUGCGGCUGAAAUGGGCUAUCCAUCUGCAUCCACAUUCAGUGGACCCCACAGCCAAACCACUCUCGCUAACUUCCUCUCUUCUCAAUUCAAUUGAACUCAACCCUCUCUCUCUUGUCAAAUAUAAAAACCAAAAUAAUAAGUUUAUCUUCUCCAGAGAGAGAGCUCAAUUUCCUCUCGACAUGGCUUGCACCUCUGCAAAUUCAUUCCUCCAAUUAAAGUGUUCUACCCACCAGAGGCCACUUUUGAAUUUGAGAAGAAACAUUGCUGUUCAUCACUCACCUGGCUCAUUCAAUCUAAAGGGUGACGGGUUAAUCCAUAAAGGGUUCGGGCAUCAAAGUCAAAGACAAUUUAAACCUAGGAAUAAAGUUAGAGUUAUACGAGCGGUGGCAAUUCCACUUGAACCAGCUCAAGUCGAAAGUGCGGAGUACAGAAAAGAACUGGCAGAACGGUAUGGUUUUAACCAAAUUGGAGAGCCGCUUCCAGACACUGUUACAUUGAAGGAUGUUAUUACUUCUCUUCCUAAGAAGGUUUUUGAGAUUGAUGAUGUGAAAGCAUGGAAAACUGUUUUGAUAUCGGCCACUUCGUAUGCGUUGGGGCUUCUUAUGAUUUCUAAAGCACCCUGGUAUCUACUUCCUCUGGCUUGGGCUUGGACAGGGACUGCUGUAACUGGGUUCUUUGUUAUAGGACAUGAUUGCGCUCACAAAUCAUUUUCAACAAACAAAUUGGUAGAAGACAUUGUUGGAACUCUGGCCUUUUUACCACUAAUUUAUCCAUAUGAGCCAUGGCGAUUUAAGCACGACAAGCAUCAUGCAAAAACAAACAUGUUGAAAGAAGAUACUGCUUGGCAGCCUGUUUGGAAAGACGAGUUUGAGUCAAAUCCACUUUUGAGGAAAGCAAUAAUAAAUGGAUACGGUCCACUUCGAUGCUGGAUGUCUAUAGCUCACUGGUUGGUCGUUCACUUCGAUUUGACCAAGUUCAGACCAAAUGAAUUAAAUAGAGUGAAGAUAAGUUUAGCUUGUGUUUUUUCCUUCAUAGCAAUUGGAUGGCCAUUAAUUAUUUACAAGACUGGAAUCAUGGGAUGGAUAAAAUUCUGGUUGAUGCCAUGGUUGGGCUAUCACUUCUGGAUGAGUACUUUCACCAUGGUACAUCAUACUGCACCACACAUACCGUUCAAAUAUUCAGAAGAGUGGAAUGCUGCACAAGCACAGCUUAAUGGAACGGUUCAUUGUGCUUACCCUCAAUGGAUCGAGAUCUUAUGCCAUGAUAUUAAUGUCCAUAUUCCACACCACAUAUCCCCGAAAAUACCGAGCUAUAAUUUACGAGCAGCCCAUAAAUCUCUCCAAGAAAAUUGGGGAAAGUAUCUGAAUGAAGCUAGUUGGAAUUGGCGAUUGAUGAAGACAAUCCUGACGGUGUGUCAUGUGUAUGAUAAGGAGCAAAAUUAUGUUUCCUUUGAUGAAGUUGCGCCUGAAGAAUCUGGUUCAAUUAAAUUUUUGAAGAAAGUAAUGCCUGAUUAUGCAUAACUAGGUCCAACUUCACUUAUUCACAACAAAUUUUUGAUGUAUCAAAGUGGGAAAGUAUACCAUUCAUUUUCUUUUAGGAGAUCAAUAUUGUUUAGUAUGGUUCCAUUUUUUAUAUCACAUAUAACAAGAGGAAAUUGCUUGAAGCUCUCUUAAAGUUCAGGUUUUAAGGUACAAGGGCAAUCCCUGAGCGACAUUCGGCGUGUGUUUGCUUUCACGGCGGAGAGCCUCAAAUGCAACAAAUGUUAUGAAGCUACCAAAGGUAGCCUCUACUGGACCGCGAUAUUAACCAGGGAAACGAACAUACUACCGUUAGGUCAAGGUAGACGUUAUAGUAAUCUCGAUCACAUUGGAAGAGUAUUAUAUUAUGCUUAAACAAAUGUAACUGAUAAAAUAUCACGUGGAGUGUGUGGUUUGAACUUAAUGCAUGAAUGAGUUAUGACAUUUUUGA